CCAACUACUAAUAGAUAUUCAACUGAGCAAAAUUCACGUAGUUCUAUAGAAACAAGCUUAAAGACUUCGCGAAUCGCUUGGGGAGAGCAUGUUACACCACCUUCGACUACUACAGAAAUGACUGGUGGAAAAUCUCAUGAAGUACUUCAUUCGGGCACGCAUGCGUUAUUGGAACAAUUUCACGAUCUAACACCUCCUAGCACUGCUGGAAGCAGCAUUCCAAUGGAAAGUAAAAUACCGACAAGUUCGUCCAGGGAGUUGUCUGGUCACAGUCCCAAGCAAGCAGAUAGCGUAUUGGUAUCUGGCAAAACCAUCGUAAGUCUUAGUGACAGAACAGGAGCUUCAUCUCAUUACCCAAACGGAACAGAACGAGAUGAAAGACAAACACUACAGAGUGUAGGCGGUGUGCAACAUGCCAGUGACAGUGAUGCAACUGCAUCCUCAGAUGAUACGGAUGAUCUCCUGUCAUAUGAGCCAGUGUUGGAAGGCGAUCGUCAGUAUUUGCGCAUGCGCAUG